ACCAGGAAGUAAACAGAACGAAGCGCUAACAGCGUUAGCACUGUUAGCUAGCGUUCAGAGGACGGCGGUGUUUUGUUCGGACGUUUAGGAGGUUUUUGGGCACAAAGGACGAUACGUGGUUCGUGUCCGAACUCUCGGCAUUUCCCAAAGCGUCGUAAACAAGCGAAGAAGUGCUGAGCGUGGCUGUGACUGUUGUUGGACAGCGUUUUUUUGCGCGAGUUUUGAGCUGAAGAUUUUCUGCAGCUGCAGGAACCAUGUCUUCCCUUCAGUCUCUGAGAGAGUUUAUCUGCGAGCGACUCGCUGCUGCUGCUGAAGAAAUCUUCAGACACUGUGAAGGAACCAUCAUCCAAUAUGAGGAGGAGCUCUGUCGUCAGCGCAGACUGCUGGGUAUGAGGAAACCGCAGUUUCAGCUCCAGCAGAUAGACGUCCCCCAACAUCAUCUGAGAAACCGGGUGAUAAACUCCCACGGCAAGCAGGAGGAGGAAGAAGAAGAAGAAGAAGAGCCAGAACCUCCACCGAUGAUGGAGGAGCAGGAGGCGUUCUGCAUCAGUCAGGUGGAGCUGAAGCAGGAGGUGGAGACCUUCGUGGAGAUUCCUACUUACGAGGAACAUCAGUUCAGUGAAGCAGAUCUGAACUACCAGCAGAGCUUUAACGUGACUGAUAGUCCGGAGGAAGAAUCUUCAUCUACAGACGGAGAGACGGACCCACAGAGGAAGAGAAGAGGCAGACGGCACGUCCAAAGUGUGGCCGGCUCUCACAUGUCAGAGAGUCAGUUGGACGUUCACGCAGAGGAAAACACCUCUGUUGCACCGAAGAGGCGUAAGCGGAACAGGACAGUGAAGAAACACUCGUGUGAAGAGUGUGGAAGAAUUUACACAAGCGCUGAAAGUCUGAAGCAUCACAUGCGAACCCACACCGGAGAGACGUCUUUUCCCUGCGCAGAAUGGGACAAAAGUUUCAGGCAAAGCUCUCAGACAGGAGAAAAGUGCUUUUCCUGCACGGAAUGCAGCAAAACUUUCCGUAAAAAUUCCCACCUCACGCGUCACAUGUUGACCCACACAGGAGAGAAGCCUUUUUCGUGUACGGAAUGCAGCAAAAGUUUCAGGCAGAUUUAUCACCUGAAAUAUCACAUGUUGACUCACACACAGCAGAAGCAGCGAUCUUCGUCCAGCGCUGCCAACCAUUCGUCCCCCCCUCCGGAGUGAGUCAGUGCUGUAUCAGUGCAGGUGGAAAGGAAUGACUGGAAAUGUAAAUAGAGGUUCAUUUGUCCAGAAGUGAAGUCGUUCAUGUGAGAAAAUGGGAUCUGUAUUUUUUCUAAAGCCCUCAGUGGUGUAGUGGUCGUAUUUGACAAGACGUCAAGAAGGUUUUUGUUCAAAUCCAAGCAGCAUUCUUUCUUUCAAUGUAGCGUUAGCAUUUAGCUAUAAUGAUGUAGAUUGCUGGGGGAGCACAAAGAAUAAAGAAUUCCUACAUUUUGACUUUUGGUUGGUGAUUUUAAAUUGUCCCUUAAUGUUCAGUCAUAACAGAGUGUACAUAUCAAACACAUUCUUAUCAAAUAUGGACGUUUGGUCACCUUUUUAACGUUUUGGGUAGUUUUUUGAUGUAAAAGUUUGUAAAAAUCUAGCCUUUAGAAGAGGUACUGGACGUAGUACCUGACAGGUCCAGUACCCAGAACCUGUACCCAAACCUGGCACCAGAUGUGGGGAUGGGCACGAAACGGGACCGGGUUAGGGUACUGGCCCGCCCCACAUCCAGGUACUGAACCGGUUCCAGUUCGCUGCCCGGACGCUGGGGACCUGUGAUUAAGCAGGAACAGCCAGCACGCCAAAAAACGAUGAAUUGGGGACACCAAAACGUUCGUGUUUUUAAGCGGAAGGAACCAUAUGCAUACAGUUGUUACAGUUCUCAUACACUGGAAGAAACUAUGAUUUCUGGGUCAUUUUUCACAGAAUAUAAAUGAUAACACAAACACUUCAUCCAUGGGGAAAGCUAAAGAGCUGCCAAAAAAUCUAUGGGGAAAGGUAACUGAACUGUACAAAACAGGAAAAAGAUAUAAAAAGAAGUCCAAGGAAGUUAGAAUUCUAGUUAGCAUUUUUAAUUUACUUUAAGAAGUGUAAAGUGAGGAAUUUAGUUGAAAUUUCUGCGACAACGGCCAAAAAAAUUGUUAGGGAUGCAAAGAAAAACCCCAAAAAUAACUUCAGGGCACUGAAAAACUGUGGAUGUUUCAAGAUUUAUAAUGAAGGAGGCAUCUGAAGAAAAAGGA